AGCGCAUAUCAUUUCAGCCUCGCGUAUCAUUUCAGCCUCCCCAAUCGCCUCCAUCUCCAUUCUCGUUCUCAACUCUGUACUUGCCCUCCCUCUAUCUGGAACUGCAAACUACAAAAUCUACAAGAAUCGGAAGUUCAAAACCCAUAUAUUUGAGUUUAUCUAUCUGUCUGCAAGAAUCAAAAGUUCAAAACCUAUUACCUAUAUCAAAACCCAUUUCGGCAUAUCAUUACAGAUUGUUCAAAAAAUCAAAACCCAUAUCUUUCAGUUUCCAUCGCCCGCUGUUCCAGUUCGGGUUCGCCGUUCGCAAGCUUCAGCCGAUGGCCCGAUUUCUCUCAACUCUCGAGCUUGCCCCCUCUCUCUCUGCAACUGCUAACUUGUAUGUAUGGGUUUUGUUUUAAAUUUUUUUCCUAACCAACUAAUCAAGGUAUGUAAUUCUUGUUUUACAAACUAAAUUCUAUUCGGUGAAAUUUUUUAUGAUCUUUUUAAUAUAUAUAUAAAGUAACAAAAUUUGCAUUGCAUUUUGAGGUAAUCACGUAAUCUACAUUUUAUUUGAGCAAUUUUUUUUUUUUUUUUUUUUUUUUUUUUUUUUUUUUUUUUUUUUUUUUUUUUUUGUUGUUGUUGUUGUCAAUUAUGUCUAAAAUUUGAAUCUGGGCAUAAAAAAAAAAGAAUCUGAAUUAUUGAAUUGGAUUAGAAAUCUGCAGAUACUGAAUCUGAAACAUUUUUUAUCAACAUGCCAAGCUUUUUGAAGAUGUAAAUCUUUUCAGAACUCAAAAAAAUCAUAACAAGAACAUUGACAAGGAAAAGUACUUAAUAUAGGAUAAAGCUCUAAAGUUACUUCUUGAAAAUUAAAAUAUUCCAUAAUGUUGGAAGGGGCUUGCCAUGAACUACCUCACACUCUGCUUCCACUAGUAGAUUCUCAAAUAGGAUUAGGAAAUUGGUCAAAAGAAGAGAUAGGGUACUGAGUGGUGAAUUGUUCAGAAAUAAAUUGGUAAUUUUUUUUAUUAAUUACCCAAAUAGUAUUUCUAUCCCUUAAUCAGUCAACUGUCUAAAGAAACAUUGUUAAUUAACUAAAAUUGAAUUAAACAACAGUUGAUUUUGGUUGAUAUAUUUUGAUUUAGCCCAGCCCAUUGAGAAAUCCUGGAUCCACCCUUGAGCUAAAUGAUAAUCGACACCUUUGCUUUUGGUUCACUUUUGCACCAGUGUUCCAGAACCAGGGCGUUUCGAUGUGGUCUUUCACUUCACGCUGCUGUCGUCAAGACAGGAGUGCAAGCUGAUGUCUUUGUCUCCAACCACAUCCUCAAUAUGUAUGCCAAGUGUGGCAACAUUGUACUUGGCCGCAAAGUGUUUGAAGAAAUGUCUGAGAGAAACCUUGUGACUUGGUCUGCUAUGAUAUCUGGGUAUGAUCAGUCUGGAGAACCUCUAAUGGCAAUUGACCUUUUUUCUCAAAUGCGGCUUGUGCCCAAUGAAUACAUCUUUGCCAGUGCUAUCAGUGCAUGUGCCAGUCUCUUGGCACGGACACAAGGCCAACAGAUUCACGCUCAAUCUAUGAAGUUGGGUUAUUCUUCUAUCUCUUUCGUUUCAAAUUCUCUUAUUUCAAUGUACAUGAAAUGCGGUGGAUUUAAAGAUGCUUUAUCAGUCUUUAGUGGCAUGUCUGAACCAAAUCGUGUCUCUUAUAAUGCACUUAUUACUGGGUUGGUAGAAAACCAGCAGCCAGAAAGUGGGUUUGAAGUGUUCAAACUUAUGUACCAACGAGGUCUAAUCCCUGAUCGUUUUACUUUCGUGGGAGUGCUGGGAAUUUGCACUUCUGCAGACGAUAUGCGGGGAGGAAUGGAAUUGCAUUGCCAAACAGUGAAGCUCAAUCUCGACUCCACUGCUUUUAUUGGCAAUGUGAUAAUAACAAUGUACUCGAAAUUCAAUUUGGUAGAAGAAGCCAUGAAGGCUUUCGAAUUGAUUGAAGAGAAAGAUGUCAUUUCAUGGAACACUGUUAUUACUGCUUGUUCUCAUUGUGAUCACUAUGCAAAGGGGUUGAGUGUUUUCAACAAGAUGACAAAAGAAAAUGGUAUAAUGCCUGAUGACUUUACUUAUGCCAGUGCCCUUGCUGCGUGUGCUGGCCUUGCUUCAAUACACCAUGGCAGCCAAAUUCAUGCUCAUCUCAUCAGAACAAGGCUGGAUGAGGAUGUGGGUGUUGGUAAUGCACUUCUCAACAUGUAUGCUAAAUGCGGUUGUAUUGGAUAUGCGUACACUGUUUUUAACCAAGUGAAAUGUCGUAAUGUUGUCUCAUGGAACAGCAUUAUAGCUGGAUUUGGAAAUCAUGGGCUUGGGGAAAAAGCCCUAGAACUCUUUGAGCAGAUGAAAGAAAGGCGUUUGCAGCCAGAUUCUGUUACAUUUGUUGGACUUCUGACAGCUUGCAAUCAUGCAGGGCUUGUGGACAAAGGCCAAGCUUACUUCAAUUCCAUGCCUGAAAUCUAUAGGAUUGACCCUAGUGUGGAGCAUUUAUCUUGCCUAAUUGAUUUACUGGGACGAGCUGGCAGACUAAAUGAGGCUGAGGAGUACAUAGAAAAAUUCCCUUUUGGGCAUGACCCAGUUAUAUUAGGGAGCUUGCUUUCUUCAUGUCGACUGCAUGGAGAUGUUGUAAUUGGCGAACGCUUGGCUAGACGGCUUCUAAAACGUGAGCCUAUUACUACUUCAUCUUAUGUUCUAUUGUCGAACUUAUAUGCUUCAGAUGGAAUGUGGGAUGCCGUUGCAGAGGCAAGAAAGAUGUUGAAGGGUAGUGGACUAAAGAAAGAGCCAGGCUAUAGUCUGACUGAAGUGAAAGGAAUAGUGGAAAAGUUCACAGUUGGUGAUUUUUCUCAUUCAAGAAUUGAAGAGAUAGUGGACGUACUCAAAACUUUCAGUUGGGCAGGGGAUGAAGUUUCAUUAUAUUAUUAAUCAAGUCAUCAAGAAAAAGUACCUUCGCAAAAUUCCUUGGUGCUUUGGCAAGGCUGUGCGUUUCAAUCCAAUUGUAUGUACAUCUACAUUAUGUUUGGCGGCAGAAAUGCUUGAUAUUUUCACGUAGGAUAUUAGCAAAUAUAUCCGUGCUCUAGAACCAUCUAUUGCCCUUACGAAACCUGAGCUGCUGCUUGUUCUUCCUUCUAUGAGCUACAUUGUUUGUGAGUGAUUUUGGAUCUUUAAUUAAGACUGAGGGUACAUCAGAUUCUGAUAUAUCCUCUUAUGGAGGCUGUGUUUAGCAAGCCUAAUGACAAUCCAAUUGUGGAGAAAAUUGCACUGCGUGGAUUGGCCCUGAAGUAUUGCAAAGCUUUCAGUGAGUGAAUGACAGGUGCUCUCCUGUCCUUUGAAGUGGGUUUUGGACAGGAACUUUCAAACUGCUGGCUGUGCCUUCGUACACCACAAUUGCUCAGGUAUUGGGAGACCUAAAUGGUCGAGGUUGGAGAAGCUGUAAGGAUUUGUAGCUUUCCUCUCAUGCUACAAGAUUAACAGAAAACGAAAUAGAGCAACGGACUAUUGAGAACCACUUGAGGAUCCGAUAUCUCCAGUUCGUUAGGAGAAGAAUUAUUAGAAUCUCUAUGAUUCUAGUCUAUACAACCUGACAGCUUUGCCCUAGACUAAAUACAGGAUCCCUAAAGCAGGAAAGGAUCCGAGGUGAUACAAAUGGUUUUAUGUUUGAACUAGUAGCUUUGCUUCUAACUGGAAAAUUGUUUGACUCUAAAUUGGUGGUGAUACUAUAUGAGCAUGUUCAUAUACCUUGACCUGAUAUUUGAUUUUCACACCUAUUAGUAGUUAAAAAGAAGAAGAACAUUUAACUACUCUCUCUAGGGUAGUUGAACUUUGAAACCUGGACACUCAUUUUGUAUGAAAACAUAGGACAACUGCUUGGUGAAUUGGUAAAUGUACAGGUAUCAAACAUGUGAAAGUUAAUGUGGGCACCGAGAAUAGUAAACUUUGUACAAGCUGGGUAGAACGUGGCUUAAAGGGCACAUGAAGUAAAUGUUUGAAUGUUUUAUUGGAAAGUGUAGGGAAAGUGGUGUGAGACCUACUACUGCACUCGGGUAGGUCCAUCACUUUCUCUACUUUUUGAAUUUGUGGAUGGAAAAGAAAAUUAUUUAUUCUCUCUUAUAUUUCGAAUUUGAAGUUGAAAAUGAAAAGUAAUUUUUUUUAUUUUAAUUAUGCACAAGUUUUUUUCCUUUCGUUUUCACUUCAAGUUUUAAAGAUUAUUAGCAUCCUGAAAUCCAGCAUUGUGUGAUGUAGGUACUUGCUUAGUUUUUGAAUCAUGGACAAUGAGGUGUGUUUUUGAUUAGUGCUGAUUGAAUCUCAAGUGCAUGCAAAAUGUUGUUUUUGACUAGGGCUUACUGAAUGGUGUUUUUGAGAAGUGCUAGGAAAUGGUGUUUUUGACAAGCAUUCACUGAAUCUCAAGUG